AUGUCCUUCAUACUCAGGAGGCCGUUUGCGGUCUCCUCUAACGCUUUCAAACAACUCGGCAAGCCAUCCUCCUUGAUCCGAUCAUUUCACGCCUCCAGCUCAAAGUCUUCGGCGAAUACAUUCUUCAACCCACGACCCGCCACCAGCGCGCAAUCGCUACUGAAAUCGACUGCUCUUCGGAAUGGAUUCAAGCGCGGUUAUCAAGUACCAUCAUACCAGCCUGCCAAUCCAGCUGCCUCCGGAAAUCUGACAACACGUCUGUUGUAUGGAGCCGCCCUCGUGGGUGGCACGAUUGUCGCCACAAAUAUGAUCUUCAACCGCGAAACUCGUGAGGAUGGCGGAAUGCCCCAGUAUGAGCGCGAGUACCUCAACCAGACGUUCAUGCACACCGGUCUGGGUAUUGGUAUAAUUGGCGUCGCUGCUCGGGCAUUGCAUACAAGUGGAUGGAGUUAUCGCCUCAUGGCCACAAACCCAUGGCUGGUUAUUGGUCUAUCGUUGGCUGCUUCAUUUGGUACAAUGUAUGGCACAUUCUAUACACACCCCGAUAACUACGUCCAGAAAUAUGCUUUGUGGACUGCCUUCAACGUCGCCCAGGCUGCAGUUCUUUCGCCACUGCUGUUCAUGAACCCAGCCAUUCUCGCUCGCGCUGGUCUCUACACCGUUGGCAUGAUGGGUAGUAUUGCAUUCGUCGGAGCCACUGCCAAGCAAGAGAAAUACCUGUAUCUAGGUGGUCCAUUGCUCGCAGGUGUCGCCAUCGUCGCCAUCUCUGGAUUCGCACCACUCGUCCUACCAGCCACCGCCGUCCGAACUCUAGCCUGGACCGAGAACAUCUGGCUCUAUGGUGGCUUGGCUGUCUUUGGCGGCUUCACGCUUUAUGACGUCCAAAAGAUCUUGCAUCACGCUCGCAUGAGUGAGCGGGGUCUCGUCCGCAAGGAUGUUGUGAAUGAGAGUGUCCAUCUGGAACUCGAUUUCCUCAACAUUUUCAUUCGCUUUGUCCAAAUUCUGGGCAUGAGAGGUGGCAACAACAGGCGAUAA